AUGGCACUGCUUUGCCUGUGUGUGUGUAUGUGUGCCCUACUUGGCACUUCCCGAGGACUGCCACCCCAGCACCUAGGGUGGCUGCGGCUGUGGGAGGAGGGUGAGGGCUGCAGGGAGUGCGACCAGCACCUCUGCCCCCCAGUGCCUGCAGGCUGCCCCGCAGGCAGGUUGCAGGACGACUGUGGGUGCUGUGAGCAGUGUGCCAAUGCAGAGGGGCAGCAGUGUGACCCGGACGAGGCUCAGAAGUUCUAUGGCCGCUGUGGAGAGGGCCUCGUCUGCCAGAGGAAAACACCAGAAAGAGAACACAGGGCUGAGCCAGAGCCGACAUGUGUGUGCCGGGAUAAGGGAUCUGUGUGUGGCUCCGAUGGGUGGACCUAUCCAAAUAUUUGCCAGAUGAGAGAAGCUGCCAGUCGCCAAAACUCAAGCCUGAAGCUCACUGGGAGAGGACCCUGCUUCUCUGCUCCUCGUAUCCUUCAAGGCCCCAGAAACAUGUCUGCCUACACUGGGGGGGACGUUGUGUUGGGCUGUGAGGUCUCAGCCUUCCCUCUUCCAAACCUGAGCUGGAAGAAGACGGGGAGCGACAACUUCCUGCCAGGGGAUGAUCCUCACAUCUCUGUCCAGACACGAGGAGGCCCCCAGCGCUACGCCGUCUCCACCUGGCUGCAGAUACAGGGCCUCCACCUCUCUGAUGCAGGGGUCUAUUCAUGCGUCUCCCACAAUGCCUUGGGAGAAAGGUCUGCCUCGGCACAGCUCUCCGUGUUGAGACGGGGGGCGAAGGUGACGCAGGGCCAUGUGGAGGCAGAGGAUGGAUACGUGGACUAUCUGGAGGGAGGCAGUGGUGAUGGACAGUUGAUAUCUGGAGAUUAG